AUGGCCCUUUUUGCAACUUACGGAUCUUUUGGAAUCCUUGACACCGGGGCAACCAAAUCAGUCAUUGGUAGUGCCCUAGUACCCGAUUUGCUGCGAAGUCUGCAUCCGAAGGUACGGAACAAGGUUCAAAGAUGCAAAUGCAGUGUGACUUUUCGAUUCGGAAAUCAAGGACUCCUGGAUAGCAAUCAUGCCAUUGUUCUUCCCAUAGGUAACCUUGGUUUGAAGAUCGCCGUUGUACAGGGCCACACUCCUUUGCUGUUGUCCAAUACCUUGCUUCGAACCUUGAAAUCCAGCAUCGAUGUUUCCUCCAGCAGCCUGCACAGCCCAGUUUUGUGUAAGCCAAUCAAGCUUCAUUUGAACAGCCGUGGUUUGUUUUUAGUAGAUUUGAAUGAGCUUGUGCAAAGCGCGCUGAAACUUCCAACUGCCGCCGAGACUUUCGCCAAUUGUGACAGCACCGAAGCAGCAACCGAGAAGAAACAGGAUCCAGUUGACCAAUGCGGAAAUCCAACCGAGACUCAACAUACCACAGAACCAAUUGCCAACAGAUCGGUUCAAGAGAUCUUUCAGUCAUUGCCCCACAACCGUGUGACCAGAACGACCAUGAGCCUUGCCGACCGAUUCGAACGUGUCCUGGAACGCAGCCAGACCUAUGCACAUGGCAACAGUCUGGAAGAGUUCAAGUCACUGACGUUCGAGGAGAAAUGCCAACAGACCGUGGCGUUUGGCAAAACCCAUGUAGGUCGAACCUUCUUGGACAUGUACCACAACGAGCCCAAGUGGAUGAAGUGGUUCCUGAAAACCUACGACUCCUCACAAAAGAUGGACCACCAGAAGCUCCGUCACUUCGUGCAGAUCAUGGUGGAGCAGGAGGAGAGAGGCGAGACAAUCCCGACGAUGUGCACUCAAGAACCUUCUCUUCAGAUGCCGAUGAUCGCCGAAGCCAAAGCACGACCUCGAGAUCGAGUUCCAUCUCCGAGCAUGGCAGAGGAGAUGGCUCAGCCUCACAUGAUGCAACAGGAUGCAGACGAGUGGUCCCUGGCUUCCAUGGCCCCCGAGUCCAACGAGAUGAUCACCGCACUGCAGGCUCGAAUGGGCCACAUGGAGAAUGCAAUGACGGAGAUCCUGAACCACAUCCGUGUGGUACUGCUGCGUCAUCAGUUCUCAGAGGGGAAACACCUUCACUGGGAACAGACUCGAAAGUCAUUGAUGUUCCGUACUCCUUUGCUGUCCGAACUGUAUGCACACACCCAUGCCUCAAACUUUGAUAUGUGCCAAGUGGGUGAGCUGAAAGACCCAGUAAGCCAAAUGCUGAUCCAAAAGAGCAUGACUGUGCGAACAACCUCCACAAGGCCGAAGAAGUUUCUCAAGCCUGCAGCAAAACUGAUCGAACCGAAUGAGUUGCCUCGGAAAAGAAGACGAAUUGAUGCGAAAGGUCCUGGAGAUGAAGAUGCCAAAACUCUCGUCCAACAGGUUAUUGUGCCUGCUGUAGAUGACCAAGACGUACCGCCAGAUCGCAGUGACAGUCAAUCCCCGACUCCGGAUGAGUCGCAAACAAUGCAGCCGCCGACCGAUACACAUGGCAACCGAUUCUUAGCACUGCCACCUGAAGAGCGAAGUCUCCUCAUCCGAGUGCAUAAGAACCUUGGACAUCCGUCCAAGCAAAUUCUCAGCCAGGUCCUUCGCCAGAAGGGAUUCCCCAAAACCAUGAUUCAAGCACUUGAAGAUUACCACUGUUCAACAUGCCAAAUGCAACAGAAGCCACGUAUCCCUAGACCUGCAACUCUCAAGGCUGAAAUGGAUUUUUGUGACAAGAUAUCAACCGAUGGCGUCACUUGGAUCAACAAAAUGGUCAAUCCUUUCACUUUUAUCACUACAUAG